UUUCAGCAGCACGCUGCAAUCUCAGAGUUCUCCUUUAAGUGUUUUUUUUCUCCCCUGCUCUCGCUGCAGCUCUGCGUGGAUUACAGCAGUCAUGUUAAGAAACUCGGUUUUCUCCUGCUUUGUUUUCUACGGCGUGCUGCUGGUGUUAAAGAUGUACGUAAUAGCGGUCAUAACGGGACAAAUGAGACUGCGUAAAAAGGCUUUUGCCAACCCCGAGGACGCGCUGAGACACGGAGGUUUACAGUAUCACAGAGAAGAUCCAUAUGUGGAAAGAUGCCGGAGAGCUCAUAUUAAUGACAUGGAGAACAUCCUCCCUUUUCUCUUCUUGGGUGCCAUCUACUCCAUGACCGGACCUUCACUGUGGGUGGCACGGCUUCACUUCCUCGUCUUCUUCAUCUGCCGUGUGCUGCACAGCGUUGCCUACCUGCUGGCCCUGCAAGCACCGACCCGGUCCGUGGCCUACACUGUUGCUCAGAUUCCCUGUGUGUCCAUGGCCGUGCAGAUCCUGAUGGCAGUCAAAUCAUACGCCUAAAAAAAUAAAUAAAUCAAAAACAAAAUAAAUCCAGGAACAAGGGACUGAACUAAUGGCUGUGAUCUGGGACUCAAGACGGCUCAAUAUGUGUGACCUGUGUCAGAAAGUAGUGGGAGAAGGAUUCCUGAUGCACUUCCUGUAAAGACAAGUGGAAGUGCAACACAAGGUCUCUGAUAACACCAGUGCAGGGUUUUGAGAUUGACUAUCAGUAUUUUUUUUCUCUUCUUUUUGGCAAAGUUUGAAAUAUAACAGUGUCUUAUAAAGAUAUCUGAAGCUGACAUCACAUGCAGUAGAUGCAAAUCAAGGUUGUUGCUCCCUUUUUCUUUUCUUUUCUUUUCUUUUCUUUUUUUUAAAGCCAGGAAAUGCUGAAAUUUAGAACUAACUCAUGGACAGGCUGCAGAGAUUGAACUCAAACAACCUGGGAAAAUUUUCCACCUCUGCGCUCCACUUUGGCCACUGAUCUCUUGUGUUUACACAAACCAUAGACCACUAUUCAUGUAUUGUCAUGUCACCCCAUGCUUUUGUUUCCUUGUGGAUGGAUGCAUGUGCGUGUGUCUGUUCAACAACAGCGUGAUGGAUCCUGGUAUGAUGAUUGAUAUGUUGAAAGUUUAAAUACACUUGAUGCUUUUUGUGUGUGUGAGAAACGGGUUCAGAGUACACGUCUUGCAACAACCUUCUGAGGGAUUUUCUAGCAUAUAAUUGUGUGUAAAUGUAUCUGUGAAGGCACUUGGUGAGUUUUGUAAUUUAUUCAAUUUAAUGUUUUUGAAAGGAAAACUUGUAGACAAUAAAAACUAUGCACAUCUAAGCA